CGUCAACAGAUUACAAAAUCCACAAACCUAUGCAAACUAACGCACACUCAACCGACCUCAAGCACUUCAUAUAUAGAAUGCCUGCUUUGAACCAAGACUCUCAAGGUUAUGGAAACUCGAAGGAUGCCGAUUUGACCUGGGUAAUUCCACGCCGCUUUUACCACGAGAUAACACUAAUAAGGUAAGUAUUUGCUACGGUCAAAAUGUUAGAUUACCCCAUUAGUUCAGCCUAUUUAGAGUUAGAUUUUUGUUUUAGACUGAUGUUGUUCAAUACGAGAUGAGACGGCUGACAGCCACUUGUGUCAAACAUUUAUAUGAUGGCCCAAUCUCCCGAUUUUGGGAAAAUGGCACCAAAACCCCAAAAUUUCCCCGAUACUUCCCCUAAAUCCCUCCGGAAUCUUAUUACGCUUUGAAGAAAUCAGCUUGUAUUUGUUUAUAAAACUCCAAAGAUUCUUCGCAAUUUUGGGUACAUUUCGCGUCUUGUCCCAAAAUUUUCCCUAAACAUCGAGUUUUUCACCAAUGCUUUCGCAGAAUCUUAUUACGCUUUUGGUAAAUUCGUCCGUGCUUAUUUACUAAACCGCAAAAUUUGGCGUAAUUUCAGUGAAAUAAUCCGAACUGUCUUUUAAAGCAUUACUUCUCAUUGUUCUACAGAUAUCACGGAAAAGCCUGUCGAUAAUAACUACCUAAAAGUUUUUACUCAGGUAUUCCAUUUUUCCCUAUCAAUUUCGAACAGCGAACGCAGUGCCAAAGAAACUUAACGACGAUCGAUCUAUCGCUAUCACACAACCAAUUCACUUCUACUGAAAGCUAUCAAAAGCUUCAAAGUAUUUUACUUUGUAAUGCAUUCUACUCACCCCCUCCAUUCGUCAUACUCAAAUUUGUUGUUCAGACAGUGGCAUACCGCAAACUAUAAGGUCAGUGCCGAGAAUCUUGUGUAUCCAAUUUUCCUCAGCCAAGACCCCGAUUGUGAUAAAAUAAUUACUAGUCUAAUAGACCAACGUCGAAUAGGAUACAACCGAAUCAUCGACUUCUUAACACCUUUGGUGGCCAAGCAACUGAAAUCUGUAUUGUUGUUUGGGACAAUCAGUAAAGACCAUAAAGAUGCUACAGGAUCAGCUUGUGAUACACCGAAUUCACCUGUCAUUCAGGCAAUUAAGUUGCUGAAGUCGAAAUUUCCGGAUUUAAUAGUGAUUUGUGAUGUUUGUUUGUGUGCAUAUACUGACAGUGGUCAUUGUGGUAUUUUACGUGAUGACGGGUGCCUUGACGUACCGAGGACUCUUGAACGUUUAGCGGAAAUAUCUAAACGAUUUGCCCUAGAAGGAGCUGAUGUUAUUGCCCCUUCUGACAUGAUGGAUGGACGUGUGAAAAAAAUCAAGACGGCUAUACAGAGUAUCGGUCUUAGUGAGAAGGUAGCCGUUAUGUCUUAUUCGGCCAAAUUUGCAUCUUGUCUGUACGGUCCUUUCAGAGAUGCUGCUCAAUCUGCACCUGCUUUUGGAGACCGUCGGCAUUACCAGCUUCCUCCUGGUGCCAAAGGAUUGGCUCUACGUGCUGCUAUUCGCGAUGCAAACGAAGGAGCUGACUUCAUAAUGGUAAAACCUGGUCUUCCUUAUCUGGAUAUUGUAAAUGAGAUCCGACAGUUGCUACCUCAUCAUCCUCUAGCAGUUUAUCAUGUUUCUGGUGAAUAUGCAAUGCUAAAACAUGCUGCGAAUGCUGGAGCUAUCGAUUUAAAGCAAGCCGCCUUAGAAUUGAUGACUGCGUUCCGUCGUGCCGGUGCAUCAAUUAUCAUAACAUAUUUAACACCGUACCUAUUGGAACUUGAUUUGUCUGAAUCAUGUAAAUAGAGGUGGAUAUUUUCGAACUAACAAACUUAGCAGUCUAGAUGAAUGAUUGACUCGUUCGCUGAAAUAUAUUGGAGUAAUUGAUACUUCACUCGUUUCACAAUUUUGUUUUACUGAUUUUCUCAUUCCAUUGUAGUAUCUUUUCUUUGUCUGUUAAAUCAUAUGUAUAUUCUCUAAAAAAGUAUUCCAUUCUCAUCUAUUAGCUUUAAUUCUCUUCAUCUUUCUGUAUCUGUGUUUAUUAUCCUAGUUUACUAGUAAAUUGUUAGUUUAGGGAUUUUGCGAACAUUGUUCAUUUGUAGUGUACAUCACAAACUGUCGUUAACUAAACAACUAUUGAG